AUGCUGGGGGAACUAAUACUUCUUUUUAGGAGUCUCCAUGGGAUACUUGCUUCCUCAGGAACCAUAGGAGCAGUGGCAGCUUGGCUGAUAAACUAUAAACCAGCCUUGUUUGGGUUCCUACUCCUUCUGCUGUUGCUUAGCAACUGGCUGGUCAAGUAUGAACACAAGCUCACCCCCUCAGAGCCCCAGCAGGACAAAGUCUUCGAACGGCUUUUGUUCAGCGAAAUGAAGUUGAAGGUCUUAGAAAAUCAGAUGUUCAUCAUAUGGAGUAAAAUGAAUCGCCACCGGCGGUCAAGCAGACAUCGGAAUUUUCCCACAAGGAGACACAGAAUGAGGAGGCAAGAACUGACUUUCUCCACCCUCUCCGAUUGUACUUCCAACUCCCCACCAUGA